GUCGGACAUCCGGGUCACGGCAAGACGUCUGACGUAGGAAGUUCGCGUUGUCUUGUUUCUAAGCAACGAAUGUAAACAUAACUUUUCAACAUUGAUUUCACUGAACCCGUUUACAUUCACAGAAAACAUAAAUCGUCCACUGACCACAGGUUGACCACGCUGUUAUUAGACGAUCAACUGAAGCUGUUACAGAUAUUCACACGCUGCAUAAACAUGCAAACGAUGCCACGCCAUCAAUUCACACAGCAUUUCUGGGAAAAAGAGACCGUAUCGACGAAACUUCCUUCCCUGCACAGAGAGGGCAUGAGCAGACCCUCGGGAACUCAUCACAUCUCCCGAACAAAUGCACGAGAAGACCAGGAGCGAACGAUCAGAUCCACGAGAGACGGACAACAUCCAGACAACAUCCACUGGAAGAAACACACACAUCCACAGGAGCAGAGGGAAUACGUCCCUUCACGGAGAGCAUCGGACAAUAUAUUCCCUCUAAAACCAGUCCUUCACAAGAGAGCGUACAGCCUGAGUAACGUCACGAAGCCAGAGCAUCCUCGGGUUUCCUCGGGUUUAACUAACAGACACCAGCAGAAGGGUGUAAGGAAACUAGACGCUCUUAAUCCAGAGUAUCUAACAGAGAGAACAAAUCCGACGAAGUGCAAUAUGCACCGCGAACAGAAGCUUGAGAAACAAACGUGGCUGGCGAAGGAGAUCCACUCGAAAGAGAUGAUGCUCCAGGAGAAGAUUUCCAAAGUCGAGGAGACUCUGAGGAGAGUCCAGAACGAGAGGAAGGAGCGUGCAAAGAGAGAUGAGAGAAGUAAAAGGCAUUUGGAAAUGCUAAAGGAGGACAACAGGUUCUAUAGGAAUGGAUACGGCGACUGGGAAGAGGAAAGAGACCGAUAUGGAAAUGAAAAGUGGGAAUUCAGAGACAAUAUGGAAAGAUGGGAGCGAGGGAUAAAUGGUAGCCAGCUGGAGAUGAGAAAAGAAAGUGCAAAAUGGAGACAACCAUUGAUGUUAGAGAUGACAAAGGCUCACAAGCUGGAGGAAAUGAGAGAGUGGGAUGAGUAUGAACAUACAGCGAAACACCGGAGCCGGGAAAUGAGUGACAGGCAAAACAUGGGAUGGGACCAUGUCAGAAGAAGAAGGGAAACACACAACCUCUAUGUGCACAGUGAAGAUGAAGAUCACUGCGAGGUGAGGAAACCAAAUCCAUCUGACUCUGUGAGAAGGGACAGAUCUGACCUGCAGCAUGAGAGGAGAGGAAAUAAAGAGGGUUUAUAUCGGCUCACAUCUAAACUCAGGAAGGAGGCCGUCCUGGAGAGAAACCCCAGACAGAAAGGAGAGCGCCUGCAGCAGGUGGAGCUCAGUCUGGAGGAGGAUCUGGACGCUUCACAGCAGCUGAUCCCGUGUGAUGUGUGCCAUCGAUGCUUCGCUCGAGAGCGUCUGGAGACACACAUGAGGGUGUGUGAGAAACAGCGGCCCCGGCGCAAGAUCUUCGACAUGUCACAGUACAGAGCCAAAGGAACAGACCUCGAGGAGUUCAUGAAAACCAACAGCAGGAGCAGAACGCCAGAGCUCAAGAAGAAUAACUGGCGACAGAAACAUGAGGCCUUCAUUCAAACCAUGCGUCAGGGUCGAGGAAGUGUGCCGCCACAGUCCCUCUCGAAUCUAAACCCAGAAUAUGUGAGCUGCCCUCACUGCGGACGCAGAUUUGCUCCAGGGCCGGCAGAGAGACACAUCCCAAAGUGCCAGAACAUCAAGAGCAGACCCCCACCUCCCAAACAACCACACAGCGCCACCAGGAGGAAGACCCCGCAGUGACGUGCUGCAGCAGCUCUCUGUGAGCAGACACAUGCCACUUCAGAGCAGUCUGACACUUUAGUGUGAAAUAUCAUGCUGUGUGUGCUUACUCAAAACUACUUUGUCUGGAACACCUUAGAAAAAAUAGAUUAAUUACAAUUUUAAUAAUAAUAAAAAUAUAAUUUCUUUGCUUUUUGCUUAAAAAAAAAUUACUUGAUUUCCCCAGCAGAAAGAAACACUACUGCCUUUAGCUUGUUAAAUAAUUAUACUCUUCAGCUCAUAAAAUACAUUUGUCCUCUGUAGAGAUCUUUCGUUUUCAGUGAAUUUCAUUAACUGAUGUUAAUGUAAUUUUUUUAUGUUAAUGUAAUUUAAUUUUGACAACAAUUUAUGAAUGUACCGUUUUUAAUUCAUGUUUGUUCAUGAUGCAGUGUUGUGAUAUGUGUUCAUUGUUAUUUUUGUUAAUGUAGUUAUGCAUCACCUGUCGCCAUCUACUGGUGUAACCAGUAACAGACAUAA